AUGAUAGUAGUAGUGGGGAUAAAAGUGAGGCUACUUCGUACCGGCACCGCCUGCACUGACCGGCUGGUGUCCGUGAACAGCCGGGUGAAGGAACGUGGAAUAGGAGAAAGGACGAACGAGAGCGUCGAUUUCGUUCAUCGGAAGGCCCGUUAUCUCCAUCGUUCUUGGUUCGACAAUCGUUUCUCGACGAUUCUCUCGUAAAGUGUGCUGUUUUUGUCUGUCUGUCUAUCUGUCUAUCUAUCUUUUUUCUCUUCCUCUCUUUCUGUCUCUGCCUCAGUCUUUCUCUCUUUCUCUCUCUCUCUCUCACUCUCAUGCGCGCGUUCUUUCUCUUUCUCUCUCGAAUCUCUUUUGGUGUCUAGGGGGAGACAUAGGCGCCGUGUGACAGCGAUAGGAAACGAAACGAUACGAGACGGGACGGGACGGGACUGGACGAGACGAGACGAGACGAGACGAGACGAGACGAGACAAGACGAAGACGAAGACGAAGACGAAGACGUGAUCGCACGUAGUAAUUUUUGUUAGGACAGGGCAAAACCCUCGAGAUCUUUCUUUUCCAAAGCUCACGCGCUUUUCCAUGUCAACGACACGCGCGCUUAUACCAAAGCCAGCGUGCUACCCCCCGCGUAGAGGAGCCUCCUCCAUCGUCGCCUCCGUUGCUGUCGUCGAGCAAGCACUCCACGUCGUCGCCUCGGUCGUCGUCGUCGUCGGCUCGCCGUCGUCGUCGUCGUCGCCGUCGUGCGCGUCGCGCCGGUGGGAGGCUCCUACGUUGAUCUCCUCCCGAUCGACGUUGUCAGAUUCUCUUGCAAGGAGGAGAAGGAAGAGAAGGAAUAACACCGAAGGUAAUCCGUCUUGCAAGUCAAGGGUCACUGCUGGCAUCGACGGUGCCGUCGGCGUUGACGUCCUCAUAGGACUGAGGACGAUAGUGGAAAGGAGGAGGAGGAGGAGGAGGAGGACGACGACGUCGUGGAGGCACGCCAACGUCGCUCAAGCUGCGAGCCUGAGAUGAGCGACCAUGGCUGCAUACACUUGAAUAAUUUCAAAGCAGCGAAGGGCAUCCAGCCAUACAAAGUGAUACACUCCUAUUUCGUGACCAGCACAUCAACCGAGGCACGCGUAAGGAAGGCUGUAAGCUGCUUGUGUCAUACUUGUAAAACUUACAAAGAUCGUCUUCAUUCUUGUCUCCAUUGUAUAUUUUUCGGUUGCUAUGUGAAGGGUCACAUACAGGAGCAUGCAAAAACGAAGAAACAUUUUUUAGCUGUGGAUUUAUGUUAUGGUAAUAUUUUGUGCUUCCAAUGCGGCGAUUAUGUUUAUGAUAGAGAAUUGUUAUCUGUUGCUAAAGCACAAUGGAGUGAAUCAGCAAAAUCAUUGAGCUUUGGAGAAUUUUAUCGUGCUUGGGAACCUACUCAAAUAGAGGCAGAAUUAUUGAGAAAACAUCCACGGCGAAGGCGUGUUGUAGAAAAUUCUACAAUAGGUCUAAGAGGACUUAUAAAUCUUGGCAGCACAUGUUUCAUGAACUGUAUUGUACAGGCAUUGAUACAUACUCCACUAUUACGAGACUACUUCCUGGCUGACCGUCAUCACUGCCCACAACCCACUCGCUGCCUAGUCUGUGAAGUGUCCCACCUUUUUCAGGAAUUUUAUUCUGGUAGUAAAGCACCUCUAACGCUUCAUAAACUACUUCACUUAAUCUGGACACAUGCGAGGCAUCUAGCAGGGUAUGAACAGCAAGAUGCGCACGAAUUUUUUAUCGCUACUUUGGAUGUCUUACAUAGACAUUGCGAAGCUGCACCAAUUUUGGUAAAAGAUAACCCUCAUCACUGUAACUGCAUUAUCGAUCAAAUAUUUACUGGUGGACUUCAGAGUGAUGUUGUUUGUCAGGCAUGCAAUGGAGUUUCGACUACGAUAGAUCCUUUCUGGGACAUAUCUUUGGAUUUAGGUACCGCGGCUGGCGCAUCAGGAUCCGAUAAUUCUGGACCUCCUACCUCGUUAUUAGAUUGUUUAGAGAGAUUUACGCGCGCAGAACAUUUAGGCUCUAGUGCAAAAAUUAAAUGCAGUAAUUGUCAAACUUAUCAAGAAAGUACGAAGCAAUUAACAAUGAAGCAACUACCGAUCGUAGCUAGUUUUCAUCUGAAGCGAUUUGAACACUCCAGCAUUCAAGACAAAAAAAUCUCUACAUUCAUUUCUUUUCCGGAACAAUUAGACAUGACUCCUUUCAUGUCACACAGACGUAAUGGUAAUAAUAAUAGCGCUAUGAUCGAUGGCUUGCCAAAAAAUGGAGAAGAUAUGGCGUUCAGCGACAACCGAUACUCAUUGUUUGCUGUAAUAAAUCACGAAGGUUCUCUUGAGACAGGACAUUAUACAGCUUUCAUAAGACAGCAAAGGGAUCAAUGGUUUAAAUGCGAUGACCAUUUGAUAACAAGAGCAAAAUUAAAAGAUGUCUUAACUAGCGAAGGGUAUUUGCUUUUUUAUCAUAAACAAAUUUUGGAAUAUGGACGAAAUAGUAAGGUGUAAAUGUUUAAUCGUAAUAAUUAAUUUAUUUAUCACGACUAAUGAUGGGCUAUAGACUUAAGUUCUUAAACGUAUUGAAUUUCUUAAUGUAUCAACAGACACGCAUAAUUAUGAAGUUUUAAUAUUGAAAAUAAUGUUGAGAAUAUUGAAAUUGAAGUUAUCUACAAAAUUCUACAUAUUUAACUGCAGAUAAGGCAUAUAAUGCCAUUGAAAAUUCAAAUAAUGGUUAUUAUCGAUCUAUGCGUUAGUAUCAAAUUAAUUACAAUUGAAAGGCAAGCGAAAAAUAACAAUUACAAUUCAACUGUAAAAGUAAAGGAUAUUGCUUUAUUAGUAUAGAUAAAUGUGACGUCAUCUAAACUGUUAAUUGUAAAUUAUCAAAGUAUACAAAGUAAGCGUGUUUAUACAAUUUGUUUAGUGUCGACAUAUUUUUGCGUUUGAUGAACUAAGCUGAGUGCCUCUGGCGAUCACUUCCCUCGUUUGUGUCCUAAAUAAUAAUGUAAGGAUAGUUUUAAGAUUAGCUCAAUUUUUUUAAAUGACAGAUCACAAUUUUUGUAUGUCGCUGACUGUUGUUAUAUUUCUGACCUGACAUGUCUAUACAUAAGACGCCAAGGAUAGAUGACACCGUACUUCGUUAAUUAUCAUAUUAAAAAUUCGAUCUAUUUAAAUUCGUUAACUAAUUAAAUUUUCGACUUAAUACAUUUGCUAUUUGACAUUAAUGACUUUUUAUUCGAGGUACGUUGGGUCAGCAGUCCUUGGAUGAAACAAUUUUGUACAAACGUAUUGCGAGGAGGAUAAUAAUUUUAUCCAAUUAAGGCGAAUCUUUUCGCUCGACUGUAUAUAAUAAAAUCACUGUUUAUCAAAUUUUUUGUGGUUGCCCGUUGUACCUUUUUUUUUUAAAUGUCGUGAUGUAGAUUUUAAAGAUGCUUUAUAGAAAAAAAUACGUUUUUGUAAUUUAUCGCGUGGGUAUAUUUUUCGUAGUGAAAGAUGCGAAAAGAAUACAAUUUUAAUUCUUUAGUAGUAGUGGUUUCUGCUUUAAUAGGUUUUUUUUAUUUUUUGAAAAAAAAAAAAAAAGAAAGAAAGAAAGAAGAAAGCAAUCCUAACCGAAGUGCCAAAUGUUCAUUGCACUUUUUGUUCUUGUAUUUUUAUGUUAAAACUAGCAAUUUAUGUUAUUGUACUCUACUUAAAACGGGUUUCCGUAUUGUGUUCAUUGACAAGGAUAUUACGCGUAGUACGUCGUCCCGCGAAAGGAAUUUCCUAUGCGUUUAUCGGGAAAUUGAUAUUAAGAGGGACAUAUGUUAUAAAUUAUACGCGAUAGAUCAAUAUAACGAUCAAUCUACAAGCUUUAAAAUGCAAAAAAAAAAGAUAUGUAA